AUGGAUAGUGGGAGCCGGGCUCCGACGUUCGGGGACGGUGCAGCCAAUUUCACGGCAUCCCACCUCUGGUUGGAUCUCCUGAACGCUUCGAGCCCGCCGACCCGGUGGGACAGCAGCCCACCUGCCGAGGGGACCGGGUUGGGCGAGGAACAGCGCCUCAUCCGAGAGCAAGCCUACCGGGACUUCACCACCACCAUUCAGGUUUUCAUCCUCAUAGGUUCGCUGCUCGGAAAUGCCACAGUGUUGUGGUGCACCUGCUGCACAAACGUCUUUAAAUCUGUGACCAAUCGCUUCAUCAAGAACCUGGCGUGCUCGGGGAUCUGUGCCGGCCUGGUGUGCGUUCCCUUCGACGUGGCGCUCGGAGCCAGCCCUCGUUGCUGCUGGUGGCUUCACACUCUGGUGGUCUGCAAGGCCAUCAAGUUCCUCCAUAAACUCUUCUGCUCCGUCACCGUGCUCAGUUUCAGCGCCAUCGCACUCGACAGAUACUACUCUGUGCUGUACCCGUUAGAGAGGAAGAUCUCAGAUGCAAGAUCCAGAGAUCUGGUCAUCUAUAUCUGGGUUCAUGCGGUGGUGGCGAGCCUCCCCGUGUUUGCUGUGACCAACGUGACGGAUGUGUAUGUCACCUCAUCCUGCUCAGACGACCACGCCCGCUCCCUGGGCCACAUGGUGUAUGUGUUGAUCUACAACGUCACCACAGUGAUCCUCCCUCUCGCCCUGGUCUUUCUCUUCAUGCUGCUGAUCCGCAGAGCGCUCAGUGCCAGCCAGAAGAAGAAGGUGAUCAUCGCGGCGCUGAGGACUCCCCAGAACAGCAUCUCCAUCCCGUAUGUGUCCCAGCGAGAGGCCGAGCUACACGCCACUCUUCUGGCUGUGGUGCUGGCUUUCUCUGCCUGCAGCGCCCCCUACGGGGCCUUGGUUGUUUAUCGCACCAUUUUGGCAGACACCAAGGAGCUGCCCAUCUCACUGUAUCUCACAGCCCUCUGGCUCCCAAAGGUGUCUCUGCUCACCAACCCCCUCCUGUUUCUGUCUGUUAACCGCUCAGCGCGUCAUAGCUGGCUGGACCUGCUGGCCAGGAUUCACAGACGCUACAGUCGCCGUAACGUGGUCAGCACUGGGGGUCUGGCCUCUUUAGGAGCAGAGGGGGUGAUCGGGGAGCCGGUGGGGCUGGAGACAGCCGGCCGCUCUGGGAGCCAACUUUUGGAGAUGUUCAACAUCGGCCAGCAACAGAUCUUCAGACCCUCUGAGGAAGAGGAGGAAGACGAGGAUGUGGAGAAUGAGAUGCCUUCUCAAGGAUCAGGAACCUGCACUGGGCCGAAAGAGGACCUCAAGGGCGGGUUGGGACUAGGGAGCCUCAGAGGGGAGGUGAUCACCAAAAAGGACCCUCUGCAGGGCACAGGGGGAGGGCUGGUCAUCACCAAAGAGGGCCCUCCUGCAAUCAUAGCACCCCGGGCCUCUCCGGUACACACAUGUGCUUAUGCCUCUUCGUCACAGGUGGCGCCAGCCACGCCUACAGAAGCUGAAGACUCUACACAGUUCGGUUUUGGACCGUUUGAGCUCCCUCCUCAGUGGUUACCUGAGACCAGGAACAGCAAGAAGAGGCUGCUGCCUCCACUGGGUAACACACCUGAGGAGCUGAUCCAGACCAAACUGCCCAGGCCACGGCCUGAAAGGAGGAUCAGCAGAAACAAUAAGGUCAGCACCAUUCCCACUGUGGACCAAUGAAGUAUUCCUGCUGGCCUCUGAUCUGCAACACUGGACCCACUGCACAUUACAGUGGGUCGACCAGG